CGCCACAUAAGCACUCUCGUCUUCCUCUGUUUUAAAGUCCGUGCAGCGCUUCGCACUUUGCAAUUGUCCAGUGUCUCUGUUUCCGAGCACUGGCUUUCUUUUUUUAAAGUUCCAACAAAACUGAACGAGGGAAUGGGAAAACCACCACCGCGCUCAACGACGUCGUCUCCGCAAUAAUGAGUAAGGCGUCAUCGCCGGCGUUGAUCCACGCCUUCAUCUACUACCUCUCGGAACACCCCGCCAUCGUGGGGUUCCGGUGGAGCCACAGCCAAUCAUGGGGCUCCACGUGGUCGUUCCUCUUUACUUCCAUAGCCUCAUAUCUCCUCCUCUCUCUCUUCCUCCACCUCUCACUAUCCCUCCUCCUCCGCCGCCGUCCCGUCCCACUCGGCCCCAUUCCCGCGCUCCACAGCCUAUCCAUGUCCCUCCUCUCCGCCACCAUAUUCGCCGGAAUACUAAUCUCCGCCUCCGCCGAGAUCCGCGAUACGCGGUGGUUCUGGCGACGCUCGAAGACCCCAUUUCAAUGGCUACUAUGUUUCCCCCUCGGUACACGACCCUCAGGGCGCGUCUUCUUCUGGUCCUACGUGUACUACCUGUCACGUUUUCUCCACAUGUUGAGAACCAUCUUGGGCAUCCUGCGGCAUCGUAGGUUGUCGUUCUUCCAGCUUUUCAACCACUCCAUCUCCACCUUCGUGUCGUUUCUGUGGCUCGAGUUCUCGCAGUCGUUUCAGGUGCUCGCGAUUCUCUUCACCACUCUCGUGUACUCUGUCGUUUACGGUUACAGGUUCUGGACAGCUAUAGGGUUCCGCGGCGCGUGCUUCCCCUUCGUCCUGAAUUGCCAGAUUGUGUUGCUGGGUUGCAACGUUGCUUGCCAUGUUGGGGUUUUCUUGCUACACUUCUUCUUCAAAGGAGGUUGCAACGGCAUUGGGGCUUGGGUCUUCAAUUCUGUGCUCAACACUGCGGUUCUCAUGCUCUUUCUCAAUUUUUAUGUGAGGAUGUACGUUUGCCAAAGAAGAAGAAAGGUUGAUGUUGUUGCUGGCGAAGAGGGUGAUUCUGAUUCCACACCUUGUUCCUCGUGCCCUGUCUUAAUCACAGGAAUGGAUGCAGCUAAGUAGAAAUUGAAACUCAGAAAUUCAGUUAGAGCAGCUUCAAUUUGGGGUCCAAAGUCUGUUUCCCUUUAAAUCUUCAUUACUUUUUUUGUACAAAGCAGGUGUAUAAGAUAAUAUAGUAUUGUUGGAAAGAAAAUUCAAUAAUUUAGGAAGGUAGCACU